UCAGAAAUUCUUAACUGUGAAAAGUUUUAAUAUACACGAUCAUAUAGAUGACAUUUAAGCUAAUAUAUAUUUGCCAUGUACUGAAAAGAAUUAUCUUUGAAAAAUAUUAUCUUAUGAUAAUUGAUCAAUAACAAAUAGUUUCAAUCUUGGUAGUAACAUAUUAUCCUCUAAUUUCGACUGAACAUUUUUGAUAAUAGAAUGGGCAUAGAUCAUCACAGAUGGAGACUUAAAUUAAUUUUUAUGAAAGGCCUUGAAAUAAAUUCUUUUUAUGUGAUUUUUAUUUGGUAAUUAAUAUCUUUCCAACCAUUUAUUUUCAAAUAAUCCAUUCUAAUUGAAUUUUUCAUACCUAAUUUUUUAGAUCCUGAACAACUUUCAUUAAUGGCCUACCAUCCACCUAGUGCUGGAAAAACAACAUUUGAAAAUUUAAAAGAUCGUCUGUGUCCAUAUUGUGGAUAUGUGGCUACUUAUAAAAGUGGUUUGGUUAAUCACAUUCGAAAGCAUACUGGUGAACGCCCAUUUUCAUGCAAAUAUUGCACUAAAGCUUUCUCUCAGAAACAAAACUUAUUGGUUCAUGAAAGUUUGCAUUUAUCGAAAAAAAUUAUUAUAUGCGAUAUCUGCAAAGAAUCUUUUCGUUCUGUUUCUUCACUUAACAAGCAUAAUAUUCUUUUUCAUAAGGAAUUAAAUUCUUCAUCUUUAAACGAUAAUAAUUUUGAGUUAAAGGAAAAACAGCAAAAUGAAAACAUACUGGGGAGCGACCAUUUGUUUGCAAAAUUUGUGGUAAAGGCUAUACUUCAAAACAAAAUCUACAAUCACAUGAGCAUUCACAUGCAUUGCAGCGAUUACACAUGUGUUCUAUUUGCAAGGAAUGUUUUCGAUCAGCAUCAUCUCUUGAAUUUCACAUGCUUAACCACUCAUCUUAAUUUCAUCUUCAAUUUCAUUGGAGCUGUUUGUGUACCUGAAUUAAGUAGAAGUGUUUUUCAAGUUGAUGGGGGAAAGUACCAUAAAUGUAAUAUAUGCAGUUAUACUACCAUCAACAGUGCUCAUAUAAAAAGGCAUACGAGAACACACACUGGUGAACGUCCUUUUGAAUGUAAGGUUUGUGGGAAAAGAUUUACAUCCAAACAAAAUCAUAAAAAUCAUGAGUUUUUGCACAAACAAAAGAAGAUACAUGUUUGUAAUAUGUGCAAAAGAACAUUUCAUUCAAGUUCCUCACUUGGAUUUCAUAUGUUGGAUCAUGAAUCUUUAUAAUAAGAUUAACAUUAGUAUUUUUUAUAAUAUUUUAGUUCUAUGAUGUGUUACAUGUUAAAAUGAAUAAGAGAUAACUGUCUUGUGGCACUUCUCCAUCGAAUGAAGCUAUUGUUCAAUCAUGGAGACAUUCUUGAUUAUAUUAGAUGAAUACUUUGGUACUAUAGAUGUACACAAAUUGCCAAAAAAGAAAACGUUUUAAAGAAUUAUUGAUUUUACAAGAGAAGCCUUUGUAUAGUCUUCUUCUUUCCAUGGAAAAGGCUGAGUUUUUGAACAGAAAAACUAAUAUCAACAUAAAAUUCUCAAAGUAUAUUAGCGAUUAAUCUUCUAUCUUA